CCAAAACGAAAUUGUUCAGCAGAAUACUGUGAAGAAGUUAGAACAAAUUGAGCAUUAAAAUACUAGCUGCUACCUCGAUAACAAGUUUAAGUUAAACCAAGUCGGUGUCCUUCGGUCACGCGCCGUCCGCAAAGGAACGCACUUAUAGCAGCAACUACACAGAGCGCCAUUUUAGUCUUUACGUAAUUAUAACCAUCAAUGUGAGCAUGAAUACAAACGGAGAAGCUUUGAAAAGGCUAAUUUUGAACCCGAAAUAUACGAAGAAAAGAAUUCAGUUAGAUGAUGGUCGGAUACUUUCAUACUCGGAAUGUGGUAAUCUGGAGUCGGGAAUGCCCGUCUUGUUCUGUUUGGGACUUAUGACGUCCAGUUUGGCAAUUAUGUUUACUCAUCAUAGAGCUUUACGGAACAAUCUGCGACUGAUUUCAAUCGACUAUCCCGGAAUCGGCGAAUCUACAUUUCAGGAAGAUAGAACGUUGGGAGGAUGGGCUGAUGAUGUGUCGCAAGUUCUAGAUCAGUUGGGGAUAAGGAAAAUCAGACUUCUCGGCCACUCACUUGGCGGACUUCAUGUUCUAGCAUUGCUUUCCCAUAGAAGCUUCAAGAAGAGAGUUCUCAGAACUGUACUAUUGUGUCCAUGGCUCUAUAUUGAAGGUGAAUCAUCAAAUCCUCCUUGGAUGAAAUUUACACACACUUUACCAGCUAUCUUCCAGUCGACAAUCAUACCCUUUGUAUUGACAGGCUUGUCGUCCAGCUCGAUGAAGUUACUUACGUAUGCAAACCCAGAACUAGGAGAGGUUCAAGCACUAAAGCUUGUCAUGGAUUACACUUGCUUACAAGGUCAAGCUGGUAACGAACAAAUGGUUCGGCUAGCUCUUUCAAAAUACGAAACCUACCUUCCGGAAGAAAGUGGCCUACAGUCGCCUAUUAUCAUUUUUCAUGGCGAAAACGAUAGCUUGGUACCCGAGGAGAGAAUUCUUGAAUUAGUCGAAGCAUUAAAAUUACGGAAUUGUGAUGUAAAAUAUACAUCUGUUGCGGGUGGAGAUCACAAUAACAUUUUGUCAAAGACAGAGAACCUCAUCAAUGUAAUGGCGUGUCUCGUUGGUGAUUCAGAUUCAUGGGCAUUCGAAAUCGCCAAGUCAUUAGGUGUCAACCGAAUUCAAUCUAUGCCAAAACCCAAAACGCCUACAGCAUGCCCAAUCGAUGCCAUGAUACGGCGAAAGUGUAGAUCGUUGAAUAAUAAGAAAUAGAAGAUAAAUACAGGUACAGCAAAUCUGACUGAAAGGAAAGAGGUCAGCCAAUUAGUUGAUUCAAACAUGUAAUAUUAUCUCUCUUCGGAAAUGACUAGUGCUAAACAAAUUUGUACAUCACAAAAUAAAUUUCAAAUGUUUAUCGUUCAUACUUAAUUUGCCUUGCGAAUAAGUCAAAUGCUUAUCGUUCGUACUAAAUUUACCCUGCGAAUAACAGAUGAUGUAAACCGAAGAUUAAUUACACAUCAAUCCCCAAGAUUAUGUCACGUCAUGCUUCAGUCGUUCGAUACCACACCUAGAAACGUGAAGCAAAAUCAAGAUAUUUCGAACAAAAGUUUUGCACCACCGUUUUAUGGAACGACACAAAAACUUUCCCUAAUCAUAAUGUGGUCGAUUGUGCAUGUGCCUGGGUUGUUGGCCAGGAUGACCUUGCUGGAGCCGCAAGUUGCUUUCGGCUACUUUCAGGACACCGUAGACACCACCCGCAGCGGUUCCAUACAUGGCAAGCAAGAAAGUCGCCACAAAAGAAAACGCUGCACAGGCAGCAGAAAUGAAAAACAAAACCGCUACUAUUGGAUUUGGCUGGUACGAUCGAACGAUCGACCAAAGACCGAUCACAAAUGUGAAAAGGGCAAUGAUUAGUCCCAUCGAAAAGUUCAUGAGAACUUGCUGAUAAGAACCAAACCAAUAGAAUCAAUAAUGGUUGCAAACAGUUUAGUGAGUUUCAAUUGUGAACGUGUUUCCAUGGCAUCCAGUGAAACAUCGGCACGGCGUAUAACACCAACGAAUGGAACUCACCAUCAGUACCUUCAAUCCGUAUUCUAUCAUACUCUCGUCCCGGCCCAUCGAUCGCAUUCCCAUAAACAUGGCAUCCCACAUUGAUUGACGCUUGGCAAACUGCUUGCCGGCAGAGAAAUAUGACCAAAAAGAAUCCUGAACUUCUCCUACUCCAACUUCGGAAAACAGACCGGCUACUGCCUUAGCAUCCGACAUUCUUUGAUUUCCCUCCGCUCGAAUAAUGUCCAAGCGAUAUUUCGCAUCUUCCAUUUUUCGCUUGUUGCGCUGGCAUAAACCGUCGCAAGAAAACCAUCCUUUUGUUGCUUUGUACGCUUGAUUGGCCCUCCAGAAGUCAGACGAAGCAUCGUAUUCGGCAUCCACGUCAAUGGUGUUCAUGAUGUUGUUGUAUUCACGUCGCUGGUCGUAGUUUAGCUUAGUUCCACUUCCGACUAGAAGGAUGACCACAAUACCCAAUAGGUAACCCCCAGUGACCACUUUGUGGCGCCGAGCGAAAGCCGAUGCUCCUCUGAGUACCAUUUGCCCUACAUCACCAGGUUCAGGGAGAACGAUUUGACGCCCCUGCAUGCCUCCACCUCGUUGAUGAGCUUGUUGUCUUCCGUACAUUUUCCGAUAAUAGUUUCACUGUAUCAAGAAUAAAAAUGGCUAGCUAUG